CCUCUCGCGACACUUCGACUGGUCCUCCGGUGCCUCAGGUCCUCACCCGGCGAGCCGCCUCCGUCAAGGCACGGCAGUCGCCGCUGCGGGAGCGCCUCAGCGGAGCCCGCGGUGCGGGGUUGGAGCGCGACCGCAGGCUCCGCCCGCUCGCUCCACCCGAGUCGGGAGGUAGGCUGCGGCGGGGACAUGCCCCGGCUCCCUGGGCCAGGGCCGAGAGCGCGAGCGGCGGCGCUGCAAGCGAGUCCAGAGCGAAAUGUCAUCAGUAGAAUCACGCCAGGAGCAGCUGUCUCAGUCAGAUCCAUCCCCUUCAUCAAACUCCUCUAGUUCCUUUGAGCUGAUCGACAUGGAUGUUGGCAGCCUGUACGAACCUGUCUCUUCACAUUGGUUUUAUUGUAAGAUAAUAGAUUCUAAGGAGCUAUGGAUCCCUUUCAACUCUGACGACUCCCAACAGCUUGAAGAGGCUCAUGGCUCUGGGAAAGAUUGUAAUGAGAAAGUUGUUCCCACGGAUGGGGGCAGAUAUGACGUUCACUUAGGGGAAAGGAUGCGGUAUGCUGUGUAUUGGGACGAACCGCCAUCAGAAGUGAGACGAUGUACCUGGUUUUACAAGGGAGACAAAGACAAUAAGUACGUUCCCUACUCAGAGAGCUUCAGCCAAGUUUUGGAGGAAACAUACAUGGUUGCUGUAACUUUGGAUGAAUGGAAAAAGAAACUAGAAUCUCCAAACAGAGAAAUUAUUGUAUUACACAACCCAAAGCUCAUGGUGCAUUAUCAGCCAGUUGCAGGGGCUGAUGAAUGGGGUUCAACCUCCACAGAGCAAGGGCGACCAAGAUCAGUAAAAAGAGGAGUUGAGAACAUCCCUGUUGAUAUUCACUGUGGGGAACCUUUACAAAUAGAUCACUUAGUUUUUGUAGUCCAUGGGAUUGGACCAGCUUGUGAUCUCCGUUUUCGAAGCAUUGUUCAAUGUGUUAAUGAUUUCCGAAGUGUUUCCUUGAACCUGCUGCAGACACAUUUCAAGAAAGCCCAAGAAAACCAGCAGAUUGGAAGAGUGGAAUUUCUUCCAGUCAAUUGGCACAGUCCUUUGCAUUCUACUGGGGUGGACAUAGAUCUGCACCGAAUAACUCUGCCCAGCAUUAACCGCCUCAGACACUUCACUAAUGAUACGAUCCUGGAUGUCUUCUUUUACAAUAGCCCCACCUACUGUCAGACCAUCGUGGACACAGUAGCUUCUGAAAUGAACCGAAUAUAUGCACUUUUUCUGCAGAGGAACCCUGAUUUCAAAGGGGGUGUAUCCAUUGCUGGUCAUAGUUUAGGUUCGCUUAUAUUGUUUGAUAUCCUAACAAAUCAGAAAGAUUCUUUUGGGGAUAUUGACAGUGAAAAGGGUUCAUUUAGAACUGUUGAGGAUCAAGGAGAUGUACCAACGUUAGAAGAAGAACUGAAGAAACUUCAACUCUCUGAGUUCCUCACUGUCUUUGAGAAAGAAAAAGUUGAUAAAGAAGCUCUGGCCUUAUGUACAGAAAAAGAUCUUCAGGAAAUGGGAAUUCCCUUAGGACCAAGAAAGAAGAUUAUAAACCAUUUCAGAACCAGAAAAAACUCAAUGGGUGUUAAUAGAUCAGCCACAUCAGCUUCAGAAGUAAACAUCCCCAAGGAAAAUGGUGACUAUCUAGAUGUUGGCAUUGGGCAGGUGUCUGUAAAAUACCCCCGGCUCAACUACAAACCAGAAAUAUUCUUUGCCUUUGGAUCUCCCAUUGGAAUGUUUCUUACUGUUAGAGGAUUAAGAAGAAUUGAUCCUAAUUAUAAAUUUCCCACAUGCAAAGGUUUCUUCAAUAUUUAUCAUCCUUUUGAUCCUGUAGCAUAUAGGAUUGAACCAAUGGUGGUACCGGAAGUAGAAUUUGAGCCAAUGCUGAUCCCACAUCAUAAAGGCAGGAAGCGGAUGCACUUAGAACUGAGAGAGGGCUUUACCAGAAUGAGUAUGGACCUGAAGAAUAACUUGCUGGGUUCACUGCGGAUGGCCUGGAAGUCCUUCACCAGAGCUCCGUACCCUGCCUUACAAGCUUCAGAAACAGCAGAAGAAACCGAGGCAGAACCUGAAUCAAGUUCAGAAAAGUCCAGUGAAGUCAACACAGAAGAGACACCCACGGAAGUUAAAGAAGAGCUUCCAAUCAAUGUGGGAAUGCUGAAUGGUGGCCAGCGCAUUGACUAUGUGUUGCAGGAGAAGCCCAUUGAGAGUUUUAAUGAAUACUUAUUUGCUUUACAAAGUCAUCUAUGCUACUGGGAAUCCGAAGAUACAGUAUUGCUGGUUCUGAAAGAGAUCUACCAAACCCAGGGCAUCUCCCUUGAUCAGCCUUUACAGUAAAAAUGGCCCAUCUGGCUGCCUAAUAUGGACACGGAGGGAGCCUUUGCUGAAAAUCCACGUGCUUUUUGCUGCAGGUUUCUUUGCAGCUACGCCAUCAAGUCCUGCAUGUUGCCUGCCUCUUACUCCACAGGACCUUUAGAAGAUAAUCCUUUUCGGAAGUUAGUGGAGAGCAAAAGGAAGACUCAUUGCUUUGUAAAAACACUCACUAGUUUUUGUAGCUAAGGCACUUACAUCCUUUAAUGCUUUAACAGCAGUACUUCCUUAUUUAUUACAUGGAAAGAAACACAGUCUGUUUAGGGGGCUUAGAUAAAUUUGAGAGGUUUACUCUUUAUCUUUAGAAAAUGGACCAGUUUGGGAGCUUAUUCUUAAGAUUUAAAGGUACUUGGGGUCCAGUCAUUUUUUUUGUGUGUGUGUUCUUUGCACUGGAAGGAAGGCUAAGCAUAAAUGGAUAUGGAAAUAAUUGCUAUUUUUUUAAGCCAGCAUUUCUUUCCUGUAUUAUAUGAAGAUAUGACUGUAGCUUACUAAAAAUAUAGUUUGCUCUGAACACUGUCAGCUAAGCUUAUUGUAGGAAUCACUGGUGCUCUUCUGUUUUUACAACUGCUUCAGCUUCUGUAAAUGUGAAGGUGGUGUGGAUUGUGUGCCUGCCCUUUUACACCACAUUCCAAACGGGGGUGUGCUUUGAUAAUACUUACCUUGAAGGUGAAGUUGUAAGACUUGUUCAAUUACAUGGCCCAUCCCAACUGUUCAUUUGUAGAUGUGAUCUUGUAGCACCAACUUAAGUCACCUGCUACUUCCAGUUGAGUAAAGGAAGUAUUGUGAUGGAAACAUCCUUGCCUUCCAAGGUCUCGUCAAAAUGUUUACUUAGAGUUGGCAGUCAGUUGAGUAUGCAGGUUAGCAGGGGAAAGACCAUAUUCUGAAAGAAAACCUAUUAUACAGGGUCUUGAGGAGCAGCUGUGUGCUUGUAGCUGAAUCUGGAGAAACUGAGGUAGCUUUAUCCUGAGGAACAAGAAUGCACGCUAAGCUUUCCCCAAGGUAUCUGCUCGGCUUUAGGCUUCCCUCCCUCUUCAGCAUGUGCGUGCUCUUCUUCUCUGAUAGUCCUCUAUGCUCCUCAGAUCUCCACAGGUUUCUUAGAGAGUGGCAGGGGAGGUAAGCUAUGUUUUGAUCUUUGUCUUUUGUUUCCUGUAGCCCUAUCAUGGCAUCCAGAAUCCUCUGUAUUUAACACUCACAGAAGCUGCCCCUUAGCAGCAGUCUGUACCCUUUUUGUACAGAACAGAAAGGAGGGUAAUCACUGUGCCCUGGAGGUUACAGAGGCAAGCAUGGAUACAGUCAAGCCUAGCCUUCUGCUUAUGGAUAAUGCUGGAUAAGUGAACUACUGAGAAGUGCCAGGUGUGUGGAAAACUAAUUUUUUUAAGACAGGGUUUCUCUGUGAAAUAGUCCUGGCUGUUCUGGACCUCACUUUGUAGACCAGGCAGGCCUUGAACCCGCAGAGAUCCACUUGCCUCGGCCUCUUUAGUGCUAGGAUUAAAGGUUGCACCACCAUUUGCCUGGCUUAUUUUUUUUUUUUUAACAGUAUCUCUUGGAUAGAAUUAUUGAGAAUUAAGUAGUAUUAAUUAAAUACUAAAGGGUUUUUGUCAAAUCGUCAUCUUCAGAUUUGUUUACUCUUGUUAGCAGAAUUGUUACUACUUACGAGUAAACCAAAGUACAACCAAGAAUGACUUCUUGUAACCAAAGAUGGGCAGCAUGGCCCCGGAGAGCUAGAUAAACCACUGUGCUAUGCCAUGCUUCUCUCUGGCAGUCUAGGCAUACAGUAACUAAAGAGCUUGACCCUCACCAUCCACUUGUGUAUUACCCUGUGUGCUAUACAAGUGAGGAAAGCGGCAAGGAGCCUGAGUUUAGUUACAGGGCAUUUGCCCUGCACCGUUGUAUCAUGUACAGUCUGCUGACCAAGGCUGUUUUUAAACACUAGUGUAACAGCAUUUUGUCCAGAUUCCUGGCUGCAGAGUUAGUGAGACCAUUUCAAGGGAAGAUGACGAAUAGCACUGAUUACCUUUCUGAUAUUUUGCACUUUUGAAAUGUUUGUUUUAUAUGUGAUUAUAUUUAAGACUUUAGUAAAUGCUGAAAUAAAACUAAUUGACCAGUUACUUACUUUCAUGUGGCCUUAUCUAUCAAGAAAAAAACCAAUAAAGUAGCCAUUUUCUCUUUUUUA